AUGUAUGAACAACAAAUAACAUAUGAUGAUCCUCACGUCAUUGCUUCCUCUUCAACGGGAGAAUCAUCCAAUCGAACACUUCAAGGAGACUUCAUAGAAAAUACAGAUUAUCUUAAUGUUCCUCAAAUUAUACCUCGACCUCGUAAAAAUAAUAACAUACCAACUGUAUAUCAAAGAUUAUCGGAUCGAUAUACAUUUACAUUUUCUGCAGAUUUAAUAGCUCAGUUUGACAAAUAUCGAUCACAAAUGCGAGAAAGCAUACGGCAAGAAUUAGAAACAGAUGAAGAAGAAAUGAUAUUUGUCUCAAAUAUAGAAAAUGAAGAAGAAACGUUUAGUGUUCAUCAAGUUCAUCAUUCUAAUUUUGGAUCAAAUUUAUGCUCACAAGAUUCUAACUUUGGAUCAAAUUUAUAUUCACAAGAUUCCAAUAGAGACAUAACAUCUGAAAGCGCCCCAAAAUCUUGUUUACCUAAAUCAAAUCAAAAACGAAAAUAUCAAAUAUUUUCUUUCUUCUUACGUGGAAAAUCAAAACCGCAACAAAACAUUACUGCUUCAGAUAUGGACAUUCGAUCAAUAUCAGUGGCUGAUACACAAGAAAACUAA